CAUGCGUAUUGCGAUAGUGACAACCAAAAGCAGGAAUUUUCGCACUGCACAUUCCGAUCGUUCGGCCGUUCGUUCAGCACCGUCUUUUAUCGACACUGUUCCGUGGCUUUAAGUCCCUUGAAACUCAGCAGAAAUAUACAAAAAUGUUCGCCGCCGCCAGACUGAUCGCCCCUGCUGCCAGAAGCGCCAUUCUCAGCAACUCAGUACAAUACCUUAGGCCACUGAGCAGUGCAGUCAGCCAGAGUCAUUCUUUGGUCCAGUCUGUCCAACAGAAACAGGUCAGUCUUUUGCCAGCCAUCCGUGGAAUCCAGACCAGUCCUGUAUCAAGGGACAUCGACUCUGCUGCCAAAUUCAUUGGUGCUGGUGCUGCCACCGUAGGAGUAGCUGGCUCAGGAGCCGGUAUUGGAACAGUAUUCGGUUCCCUCAUCAUCGGUUAUGCAAGAAAUCCAAGCCUGAAACAGCAACUUUUCUCAUAUGCCAUCUUGGGUUUCGCCCUGUCUGAAGCUAUGGGUCUUUUCUGUCUUAUGAUGGCCUUUUUGUUAUUGUUCGCCUUCUAAGAAGGGCAUUUUUAUUAAAUCUAAUAAAAGUAUGUUACGUACCAUCUUAAAUCAUUUUUUUACAGUCUGUGUUGUUUAUAUUUCGUUAUGAGAAUGGAGUCACUAUAACGUUGUAUAAGCGAUGCUAUCGCAUUAAGACUCUGAAAUUAUAAUUAGAAUUAUCUAGGACAAGUAUAUGAUUUAUAUAAGAGACUUUGGGCUUGCUAUUUAUUAAGAACUUAAAAAUCAUAUAUUUGUUUCAUUGUUAGUAGAUUCCAUAUGGGAGUGAAGAAAAGGCCGAAUCAGUGACAAAAAUCGACUCAAUGCAUAUUGUACAGGUUCAAGAGCAAAUAGAAAUGUCAAUAAAACACCCUUA